UGACUAUACAGCACAACACCACACAACAACACACAGUACAGGAGAGGCGUCUGGGUUUGGUUUUGUUCGAGGAAUUGAGAGGCAAACGCUAUCUAUCCGUCAGACUCAGAGUAAUCGACAUGGCUAUGUCUUUGGGGUUCUUCUCUACCUUUGUUGCCACAGAAAGACCAUCAACCUCUGCUUUAACUUUAAGGCCUCAAGCUCCUCUUCAUCCUAAGUUCCGCUUAAUGCGACCUGUUACCUAUGCCACUAUCUCUGAGCCAUCCACUCAAAAAGUUCGUGGUAUCAUGAAGCCUCGCAAAAUCUCCCCUGAGAUGCAAGCCCUCUUUGGCGUUUCCGAGAUUUCUCGAACUCAAGCACUCAAGCAGAUUUGGGCCUACAUUAAGGAGAACAAUCUUCAGGACCCUGAAAACAAAAGGAUUAUAAGAUGUGAUGAGAAGCUGAAGAAGUUAUUUGCAGGGAGAGAUCAAGUUGGUAUGCUUGAGAUUGCUGGAUUGAUCAGCCCUCACUUCCUUAAAUGACAGCAUGUGCCACUAGGUCUGAAGUUUACGAUUUAUUCGUUUAAGUUAAGUUUUUGUGUGCAGGUCAUGUUUUGGUGUAUGAAACAAUUAAAUUUGGGAAUAUUAUGCCCUGCGACCUUUUAGCCCUAGUUUUUCAAGUACUUGGGAGUACAGAACGAGCUUUGUUGAAGAGUUCGUUUUAAGUUAUGUAGGCUCUUCAACAAGCGUUAGUAACUACCUGUUAGGUUUUUGUUGGACAUGUUAAAUAUUAUGGUGCUAUGUUCUCCUUAUAAUUACUUUGAUGUCCCUCCGUAACCUGGCCAUGUGGUCUCCUUUUUGGAAGUAAGUCUUUACAGUAUCCUCUCCAUGUUACUGGUUUCAUGGCUGAGGAAUUUUUAAUCAGCAACUCCCUUUGACAAAGAUGAUAUGGUUUUGAGAUUUCUGGAGAUGAUUAUAUUGGUUUUUGGUUCAUUACUAAGAUGGGCCCUGGGAAAAGCUCACAAGGGGUUGGGAGUAUUGUUG